AUGCUUGUACGAUACGCAAAACCUCCAAUUUCGCCCCCAUUCGCCCCAAAAUACGCCCGCAAUGCAUUGCUAUUUAUCAGGAUUGUCCAACGCAUACGACGUACUUCACCAGUGACGGGUGCCGAUUGCUGGGCCUGCGAAGAUCCUGCCGACACCAAGCCAGCUAGUGGGGAUGAUAGAUGCGAGGGGCUGCUGGGUGGCGGUGCAGCACGCGCCGGCUGGCGUUUUGCAUGA